AUGUGGAAUAAAUAUUUCAAGAAGAAGAAGCCUACUGAAGUGCAAUGGAAAGAUGGAUCACACGUGUGGAAAAGAAUGAUAGAGGCAAGGGAUCAGGUGGAUCAACAGAUAUGGUGGGAACCUAAAAAUGGAGCAUGUGAUGUAUGGGAAGAUAAUUGGACAAAACUUGGUUCACUCAAACAGGUCUUACCACCAGAUUUUCAGAUUGACACCAGCAUUGAAGAAGUAUCACACUUUAUGCAUGCAGAAGGAUGGGAUGCACAGAAAUUGCAUGCCAAACUGCCAAUGAGUGCUUGGAAUUUGCUCAGGAGGAAGGCUCAAACAGCAGCUUACUUUUCAAAGUUGUGGCACAAAGGAGUUCUAUUCAAAAUAUCAUUCAUCCUUUGGAGACUGUGGAAGUUCAAAAUUCCAGUGGAUGAUGAGGAGAUAGUUCAACAUCUAUUCCUCACAGGUGAUUUUGCAGCAGAAAUUUGGCACUAUUAUAAUGCUGUUGUGGGGAUAGUUGUGCCAAGGAUUCAGAUUCAUCGAACAAUAGUGCAUUGGUGGUAUAUGCAAGGUCCUACAAAACUCAAAUCAGUUAUGCAAGCAGCACCAGCAUUCAUAUGUUGGCAAUUAUGGAAGAGAAGAAAUACUAUCAUGCAUGGGGGUAAGAUGAAUAAACUAAAGUUCAAGUGCAAUACAGAUGGGGCUUCUAGGGGUAAUCCAGGGUUGAGCUCAGCUGCUUUCUGCAUUAGAGAUGAGGUUGGAAACCUGAUAUAUGCUGGGGCAAGAAGAAUAGCUGAUACAACUAACAUCACAGCAGAAUCUGUAGCUAUUUUGGAUGGGAUUGAGUACUGUAUUAAAAAUAAUUUGGUGCCUGUAAUGAUUGAAUCAGAUUCUCUGUCCAUGAUAAACAUUAUUCAAGGAAUAUGGGAGAUUCCAUGGAAGAUUAGUAUGGAAGUUAAUAAGAUCAACUUCUGGAGGAACAAGGGCCAAGUGCAGUUUGCUCAUAUCCAUAGGGAAGGCAAUGCACUUGCUGAUUUUUUAGCUAACCUGGUUUUUGAUUUUGCAGGUACAGUUCACUUUCAUUCAUUUGCUGAGUUUCCAACAGGUGCAAAGAAGAUUCUCAAUGCUGAUAACAUGAUGAUGCCUAACUUCAAAAGCAAGAUCUACAGAAAUAGAGAACCAGAUUGA